UCUAACAAACCCUAGUAGAAAAAGAGCGUUCAUUUCUCCAAGCCCCAACUUUAUGGUUAUACUAGUAAUUGACAUAUAAAAUUGUGUAAGUUUAAGGUGUACCACAUGAUGGUUUUAUGCGUGUAUAUAUUGCAAAGUGAUUACCACAGUAAGGUUGGUUAACGCUUCCAGAGACUUUGUUUCUUGAUAGCUCUGCAAAAGGUGUGGGUCUGGACACUUACUGGUUUAGCUUGAGUUAGGCCCACCCUUAUUAUUGGCUUAGCUUGGGUUCAGUCCAACCAUGACUUAUUCAACUUGUGUAAGGCUGAUCCCUGUCAUUGCCUCAGCAUUGGGUAGGUCCCACCCUUAAGCCAGUUACUGAUGCUGGAGGCAUGAGUAGGCAUGUGCCUUCUCCCAGGUGCAGAAGAUGAUGUCAAGUUCAUCUGAACCACAUGGAAUGAGUGUAGAGUCAAUUUCUCCAAGGGAAUAUUGGGAUGCUGUUACAGGAAGAUGGAAGAAGGAAUGCUGGACUGGAAAAGAUCAACAAAUCAACAGCUUUCUACUCCAUUUGGCCUCGCUGCUUAGCUCAAGUUGUCAGAGAAAUUGUUCUCAGAAGGGUGUAGGUGGGAGGUCUCAUGGCAUACUUUUCUCUGAAUUAGGAAAGAAGAGAAAUUAGGAGGGCGAGAAGAUGUACAAACAGUUACUAGCAAGUAUAGAGUUAUCAGUAAGUGCUGUGCUCACAUAGAGGUAUUGUUCAAAUUCUGCCAGAGAUCCAGGAGUUGGUGAUGGUAUCCGUGUCAACACUGACAUAUUUAGCCGAAUUAUUUGUACUUUUAGCCCGAAAUACAGCUUGUUGGUUAUGCCUUGCAGAGUGAGGGGUUGCGUUCAUUCUUUUGUCCCCAAGGACACACACUGCAGACUGUGAGCUCCUUUGAAGGAAGGAAGGGACUUUGGAGGCAUCUACUUUGGGUUUCCAACGACCUUUUGACAAGCUCAGAGCCUUUAAUAAAUUCAGAAAAUAAGCUCAAUCAGCAGGGAGUCUAUAAACUGACAACUGUUAAUAGAACAUUUCCUAACCUCUGCUCUGGAUAUCUCCAGAUCCUCAGAGCCAAAGCCGCCGCCGCCACUCCCCUCUAGCUGUGGUCUACUUUGUCUCCUUUUCUUCUCACACCCAGUUCUCCAAAACCCCAUGGACUUCCUCUUCCUCGCCUCCCACCGACUCCUCCACCCAGUGUAUGUCUCCUCCCUCCUCCAUUGUGUUGAAAUAUUCUUGCUCACGUUACCAGUGACCAACAUUUUGCUAAGUCUCUUGGAUAUUUUCCAAUCCUUAUCUUACCAUCUUCUCUGUUGCAUCAUGGAUACUGUGGAAUGCACCCCCGCCACCCCCCUUCCAUCUACUCCAAGACAGCUCUCUGUUUCUCCUCUGCCUCCUCCGAUUCCUGUUUCUUUCCUUGCCCCCCUUUUCAAACAUUGGCAUUCCUCAGAGUUCCAUAAAUAGCCCUCAUUAGAUUCUCCAGUGGUUCCGUCACAAGAAAAAAGAAAGAACCAGAUACAAACUCAUAACUCUUAAAUUUGUAUCAUUAGGCCAGAAUUUACCUCCAAGUUUAAGAUCCAGUGUUGUAUCUAGAUGUGUCGUGGGCAUGUCAAACUAAUAAUAUCUCAAACUGGGUUCAUUAUCCCCUGCCCUUAAGAUUUUCCUUCUGAUAUUCUGCAUCUGUGGUGAUGGGGGUGAUGGUGGCACCCAGUUGCCUAUUCGAGAACCCCAGGAGGUGUCCUCACCUUCAUAUUUUUAUUUCCUCUCUUCCCAAUGUGUUAAUCAGCAAAUCCUGAUGGUUUUAUCUGUCCAUGGAAUGAAACCUGCAGACACCAUGCCACAAGAAGAGUGACUUCUUCUUUCAUUUUCACAAUGGAGGACUCUGGGAAGACUUUCAGCUCUGAGGAAGAAGCAGCUAACUAUUGGAAAGAUCUGGCUAUGACUUACAAACAAAGGGCAGAGAACACACAAGAGGAGCUCCGAGAAUUCCAGGAGGGAAGCCGAGAAUAUGAAGCUGAAUUGGAGACACAGCUACAACAAAUUGAAACCAGGAACAGGGACCUCCUGUCAGAAAAUAACCGCCUUCGCGUGGAGCUAGAAACCAUCAAGGAGAAGUUUGAGACGCAGCAUUCUGAAGGCUACCGGCAGAUCUCCGCCUUAGAGGAUGACCUAGCCCAGACAAAGGCAAUUAAAGAUCAGCUGCAGAAAUAUAUCCGAGAGCUGGAGCAAGCAAAUGAUGACCUGGAGAGAGCGAAACGAGCCACGAUCAUGUCUCUGGAAGACUUUGAGCAGCGCUUGAAUCAAGCCAUUGAGAGAAAUGCCUUCUUGGAGAGCGAGCUUGAUGAGAAGGAGAAUCUCCUAGAAUCUGUUCAGCGACUGAAGGAUGAAGCCAGAGAUUUGCGGCAGGAAUUGGCCGUGCAGCAAAAGCAGGAGAAACCCAGGACUCCCAUGCCCAGCUCGGUGGCAGCUGAAAGGACAGACAUAGCCGUGCAGGCCACUGGCUCAGUGCCGUCCACUCCUGUGGCACAUCGGGGACCCAGCUCUAGCUUCACACCGGGGACGUUCAGACGUGGUCUAGAUGACUCCACAGGUGGGACCCCCCUCACGCCUGCGGCCCGGAUAUCAGCCCUCAACAUCGUGGGAGACCUGCUGCGGAAAGUGGGGGCACUGGAGUCCAAACUCGCAUCCUGCCGGAACUUCGUGUACGAGCAGUCCCCAAACCGGACAGGUGGCCCCACCUCAGGGCGGGCCAGCAAGAGCAGAGAUGGUGGUGACAGACGGCCAAGCAGCACCAGCGUGCCUCUGGGCGAUAAAGGGUCGGGAAAACGCCUGGAGUUUGGGAAGCCGCCUUCAAAUCUGUCCUCACCGUCGCUGCCGUCAGCCCAGGGUGUAGUCAAGCUGUUGCUUUAGGAAAUCCACAGAAGCAAAGCCACUGGUGUCUGUGCGGGAGUUGUUACCUUUCACCCCCUCUUCACACUAGGUUUUUUUUUUGUUUGUUUUUGUUUUUUAAGGUAGUUUGAGAAACAUGGGCAAGCAGUCACACUAGCCAAUGACUGAGGCCAUUGCCUGUGGCCCUGGUGGUUGACCCUGUGGAAUGCGGUCUCAGUCCCAGCCUCCAUGUUGGUGUGUUGCAGAUGGACAGGGACAAACUGGACCUGCUGGAAAGGGUUCUGAGUGUGAGUGCGGAGGCUUCCCCAUCAUUGUGAGCUGACCCAAGUCCUGAUUGGUCCUGAGUGUUUUUAACGUCCGGAGGGAGACGCCUUACAAGGGGAUCUGAUCCCUUGGGCUUCCCAGUCCCAUUCACCUGGAGCUGUCUUCGAGAACAAAGUCUCUCAACACUGCAUGGACAGCAAGGAUCGGCACACUGAGAUCACCUCUAAGAGCAGAGAGUAGACUAGGCACGUGCUGACUAAAACUGUGUAGUGUACCUCCCACACUUUUUAAGCUGGCUCAUUGACGCUUUCAGAGGUGUGCCUGAGUUUCAGAGUAUAUUUUAUGUGGACCAGGUCAGUGGAAAACCUUUCCUGUUUACAUGUGUCCUGACCGUUACUUGUCCUGUGCCCCACCCCUGGCAUGGGGGUGACCUCUGCUUCAGGACCCGCAAAGUCAUGCAGUUGGAGCGGCCUUGGAAAUAGAGCCUUUAAGAAUAGAAUUUCAUUGAUGGCCAUAAUGAAAUAAUCAGGGUAACCUUCAAAUAAGGUUAAACCACCAGGAUUGUUGUUGACGACGCUUCUCGUCAAAGAAGAAACGCACACAGGAUUUUCAACGUGGACGGGGCACAUGCUUAUCUCUGCUUGCUGGGAAUGGCUGUCUCACGCUCUCCAUCACACGUAAAAAGAAGACAUGAAUUCAGGAGCAUGUGUGUAGUUCAACAACCUUCCUUUUGUAACUAAGUUAUUUUUCCAAAAGAACAGCAAAGCUAUCCUUGCUUUGAAAAUAGAACUUUUCAAGUGCUACUGAAAUUCAACAGGGAAUUAAACUUCAGUGCCUGGUUCAUUAUCCUAAAAACAUUUAACCUGUAAUGGGAAAAGAUGUACUUUUAUUUUUUUAAAGGAACAAUAAAAUCAAGAGAAACUAAUUUUCAA